AGCGUGCGGUUCGGUGAAUUAAUUGAACUACUAAGAUGGCAAAGGACAAUCUGACAGCAGUGCUCUACGGCAUUGAGGAUAUGCGUUUGGAACAACGUCCCAUUCCAGUGAUAGCCGAUGAUGAGGUUCUACUGGCUAUGGAUAGUGUGGGUAUUUGCGGCUCCGAUGUGCACUACCUCAAAGAAGGACGCAUUGGUGACUUUAUACUGACCAAGCCCAUGGUCAUUGGACAUGAGGCUGCCGGAGUUGUGGUCAAAUUGGGCAAGAAGGUGACGAGCCUAAAGGUGGGCGAUCGUGUGGCCAUCGAGCCGGGUGUACCCUGCCGCUACUGUGAUCUCUGCAAGCAGGGAAAGUACAGCCUCUGUGCGGAUAUGGUGUUCUGUGCCACUCCGCCGUACGAUGGCAAUCUUACGAGGUACUACAAACAUGCCGCAGACUUUUGCUUCAAGCUCCCGGAUCAUGUGUCCAUGGAGGAGGGUGCCCUGCUCGAGCCCCUCUCGGUGGGUGUCCAUGCCUGUCGUCGUGCCGGCGUCGGUCUGGGCUCUCGAGUGCUCAUCCUGGGCGCUGGACCAAUUGGUUUGGUCACCAUGUUGGUUGCUCAAUCCAUGGGCGCCUCAGAGAUUCUCAUCACUGACUUGGAACAACAUCGUCUGGAUGUGGCCAAGGAGCUGGGUGCCCAUCACACGCUCCUGCAGAGGAGGGAUCAAAGCGCCGAGGAGGUGGCAGCGAUCGUACGCCGUACAAUGUCGGGACCACCGGACAGAUCCAUUGAUUGCUGUGGUGCCGAGAGCAGUGCCCGAUUGGCCAUUUUUGCAACUGUUUCCAGCGGAGUUGUGGUGAUUGUGGGCAUGGGUGCCCCGGAAGUAAAGCUACCCUUGAUCAAUGCCCUGGCCCGUGAGGUGGACAUUCGUGGUGUCUUCCGCUACUGCAAUGACUAUGCCGCUGCCUUGGCUCUGGUGGCCUCCGGCAAGGUCAAUGUCAAACGUCUGGUGACCCAUCAUUUCGACAUCAAGGACACGGACAAGGCCUUCGAGACCUCGCGCAAGGGCUUGGGCGGUGCCAUCAAGGUGAUGAUUCACGUGCAACCCAGGAACACAAACAAUCCCGUCAAGUUCUAGAUUUUCUGUCUCUGUACAUACUCGUAGACGUAUAAGUUUCCACUUUAGUUAGUAAACUUUUGAACUGUA